UGUUUUGUGCGUCGUCGCCGCAUUGCGUCACUGGAGUGCGCCGGAUGUGGCUGGACAACGUGUCGAGUGAAAAUUCACGUGUAAAUUAAGAAGUCGGAUCAAAAAGUAGGUGAUUCUUUGAAUAUACGUGUAAUCUGAAAUCAUGGGUAGGAAGUUGGAUCCCACCAACAAGGUGAAGCGAGGACCUGGAAAAAAAGCCAGGAAGCAGAAAGGGGCGGAGACUGAGUUGAUCAAAUUUGUAACUGAUGAGGAGACUGGACCAAAACGCCUGUCAAGUCGAGCCAGGAAAAGAGCUGCAAAAAGGACACAAAAGGUGAAGACUGUUGUGGAGGAGAAACCUCAGAAAGGAUUCACUGACGAGAACAGUAAAUGGUUGAAACCAGCAAAGAGGAAGCGCAAACUUGAGAAACCUGACAGCGAGGAAGACAGUGAUGAUCAGUGGGAGGAGGAGGAGGAGCAACAAGAACAGGAGGAAAAAGUAAAAGCCAAAGGAAAGAAGGAAGCAAAACUAAGCGUGAAAGAAGAAGAGGAAGAAGAUGAUGACGAUGAUGAUGAUGGUGACGAUGAUGAUGAUGAUGAAGAAGAAAUGGUUGAUGACUAUGGAACAUUUGAAGAUGGCGGCGAUGAAGAUGCAGUAGAAGGAAUUGAUGAAGAACUUCUUCCUAUUGAGCGAGCAGCAAAGAAAGAAAAGAAGCUGAAAGCAGCCAUGGCUGCAGAGAGUGAUGAUGAUGGUGAUGGUGAUGGUGAUGAUGAUGAUGACGCUGAUGAAGGUGGCAAGAAAUCGGAUACCGAUGAGGAGGAAACGCUCCAAACCAAUAUCGAUGAAACAGAUACAUUUAGGCUACCAGGAGCAGAAGAACGUGAGAAAGAGGGUCUUUUGCCUCUAGACCUGAAAACCAUCUAUCAAAGAAUAAAGGACAACAUUGAUGUCCUUUGCAAUUUUGCAACAAAGAGGGAGGAGGGGAAAGAGAGAGCCGAGUACGUUUCUUUGCUCAGAAAGGAUCUUUGCACCUAUUACAGCUACAACACCUUCCUCAUUGAGAAGUUAUUAGACCUCUUCCCCCUCUCAGAGCUGAUUGAUUUCCUCGAAGCCAAUGAAGUUCAGCGACCCGUCACUAUUCGGACAAACACACUGAAAACGAGGAGGCGAGACCUUGCACAGGCUUUGAUCAACAGAGGAGUGAACCUUGAUCCACUGGGGAAAUGGACCUAAAGUGGGUUGGUCAUCUAUGACUCCUCUGUACCUAUAGGCGCAACCCCGGAGUACCUGGCUGGUCAGUACAUGUUGCAAGGAGCCUCCAGUUUCCUACCCGUCAUGGCGCUGUCUCCACAGGAGGGGGAGUCUGUGUUGGACAUGAGUGCAGCUCCAGGAGGCAAAACCACCUAUAUUGCUCAGCUGAUGAGAAAUACGGGGGUGAUAGUGGCUAAUGAUGCCAACGCUGAAAGACUGAAGAGCGUGGUGGGAAACAUCCACCGUCUGGGGGUCACCAACACAGUUGUCUGCAAUUAUGAUGGCAGGCAGUUUCCAAAGGUGAUGGGUGGGUUUGACAGAGUUUUGCUCGAUGCUCCGUGCUCAGGCACAGGAGUCAUUGCAAAAGAUCCUGCUGUGAAGACCAGUAAGGAUGAGGCAGAUAUCCAGCGCUCUGCCCACCUGCAAAAAGAACUGAUUUUAUCUGCCAUUGACUCCGUCAACGCUGAGUCACCUACAGGAGGAUAUCUGGUCUACUGCACUUGUUCAGUAAUGGUGGAGGAGAAUGAGUGGGUGGUGGACUAUGCUUUAAAGAAAAGGAAUGUGAAGUUAGUUCCCAUUGGGCUUGACUUUGGUAAAGAAGGUUUCACCAGGUUCAAGGAACGCAGGUUCCAUCCUUCCCUGCACCUCUCACGGAGAUUUUACCCUCAUUCUCAUAAUAUGGACGGCUUUUUUGUUGCCAAGCUGAAGAAAUUCUCCAACAUAAUUCCGACGACACCAGCAGGGAAAGAAGAUGAGGCAACAGAGACUCCUGAUGCGACCGCUGUUCCACGCUCUCCUGAUGAGAAGAAGUCCAUAAAGGACAAGACUGGGAAGACAGUCCCCAGCAAGGCAGGCGGUGCACAAGAAAAAGCAGUAGCCAAUGGGACAGAGGCUACAAAAAUGGCAAACAUCCUGAAAAAAGGCAAAAAGAACUUUUCCAUGGGACCAAAAAAGGCAAAGGUUGCCAGAUUGGAUGGAGAGACUGGGAAGGGGUCAGAGUCUAAGAAGCCUGCAGUGAAGACAGCUGACGAGACUAAAGUGUCAAGAGCUGGAAAAAAGGAAUGGACCAGGUUUGAGAAAAAGCAGCCAAACAAGAGGAAAACACCCAUGAAGGCAAAGAAAAGAAUGGGAAAGAAUAAGUUCAAAAAGCUGAAGCAAAUGUUGCAAAAACAACAUGAUGCAGAAUGAUAAUGUGCAUAUGAGAUUAUGUCAAAAAUUUGAAAAUGUUUCCUUAUCCAGUCUCACACACUUGCAUGUUCAUGUGAGAAGUAUUCAUGCUGGUGUGCUGAUAUCUUUUUAAGACUUAUCGUAUGUCAGUAAAACAUUUGGAAUGUGGGCACAUACGUACACAUGGAUUUGACUAAUUAACAGUGUCAGGAUUGUUUUUGCAUUGUUUUAAAGUAAAA